AUGAACCUCGUGACGUAUGCCUCCCCCAUAUCGCUCAAGCCGCGCCAAUAUGCGCUGGGCCUCUACCUCAACACCCUGUCCUGGGAAAACAUGCUGGCCACGCGCACCGGCCUGCUUCAGGUCCUGGGCGAGCAGCAUGCGGCGCUGUUUGAGCUGCUGGGGCGCACCAGCGGGCGGGAUGUGGACAAGCUGGCUGAGCUGGCGGCACGCGGCGUCCCCGUCACCCGCCGCCCAGCCGACGGCAUCCCCCUGCUGGACGACAGCCUGGGAUGGAUGGAGCUGCGCUUUGCCUCGGAGCCGGUCAACUAUGGGGACCACGAUGUGGUGAUCUGCGAGGUCACGGACUGGCAUACGCCCGCAGCGGCAGGCGGCGGGGCGGCGCAGGCGCUGUACACCGGCCGCCUGCGCGAGCUGGGCCUGAUUGCAAUCUUCUUCCGCACGCCGCUCGACUUCUUGUUCUGGUUCAGCUGCGUUGAGAGCAUUGCCGCUUUGUUUGGGCUGACGGGGGUCUUCACCGCCCAGCCCACGCUAGUCACCCUCUUCUUUGGGUGA